AUGUCUCUCCCCAUCGCCCGGUCACUCCCCCGGUCCCUCGUACGGUCGUACGGGACUGUUCAAGGCCCUGCAAGCACUGCCAUCCCCAAUAGAAUCCCCAAUGCCUUGGCCGAGGCAGUCACAGCUAGUGCCCCGCGCACGAGUUGGACCCGGGAGGAGGUCGCCCAGGUGUAUAACACCCCUCUGAGCCAACUCACAUACGCUUCGGCAGCUGUCCACCGUCGCUUCCAUGACCCAUCCGCCAUCCAGAUGUGCACUUUAAUGAACAUCAAGACCGGUGGCUGCAGUGAGGAUUGCUCUUACUGCGCCCAGUCAUCCCGACACGACACCGGAUUAAAAGCAACCAAGAUGAGCCCCGUUGACGAUGUCCUCGAGAAGGCCCGCAUCGCCAAGUCUAACGGCAGCACACGUUUCUGCAUGGGUGCCGCCUGGCGUGACAUGCGUGGGCGCAAGACCAGUCUGAAGAACGUCAAGGCCAUGGUCUCCGGUAUCCGCGAAAUGAACAUGGAAGUCUGCGUGACCCUAGGCAUGAUCGACCAGCACCAGGCAAAGGAGCUCAAGGAUGCCGGUCUGACAGCAUACAACCACAACCUCGAUACCUCGCGUGAAUUCUACCCCAACGUGAUCACAACCCGAUCGUACGAUGAGCGUCUGCGUACUCUUGACCACGUCCGUGAUGCUGGAAUUAACGUCUGCUCCGGUGGUAUUUUGGGCCUGGGCGAGUCGGACACUGACCGCGUCGGUCUGCUGUACACUAUGUCUUCGCUACCCAAGCACCCCGAGUCUUUCCCCGUUAAUGCCCUGGUACCUAUCCCCGGAACUCCCCUUGGUGACCGGAAAAUGAUUCCUUUCGAUCGGAUCUUGCGGACUGUUGCGACCGCGCGUGUUGUGAUGCCGGGAACGAUUGUCCGAUUGGCGGCCGGUCGCAUUGCGCUUACUGAGGAGCAACAAGUUGCUUGUUUCCAGGCUGGUGCGAACGCUGUCUUUACCGGUGAAAAGAUGCUGACGACUGAGUGUAAUGGAUGGGGCGAGGACCGUGCUAUGUUUGACAAGUGGGGUUACUACCCCAUGAAGAGCUUCGAGAAGCCUGAGCCUAAGCAGGCGCCCUCCGUGACGCCUACUCCUCUUGACGAGGCGGAGACUGUUGCGCCGGUCGCAACUAGCUCAUAG